AUGUUUAGUCAAAAAAUGUCGUCGACUAAAGACCUUUGCCUGGCGGUGAUCGCCCUCCUGGCCAUCGUGGGCUUUCCAGGCUGCUCCUCCUUGGGACGUGUGGUAAAUGGUACGGAUUCCAGCGGAAAAUAUCCCUUCGUGAUUUCGAUGCGUGGUUCCAGCGGCUCUCAUUCUUGUGGCGGCUCCAUUAUUUCCAAGCAGUUUGUGAUGACCGCCGCCCAUUGUACUGCUGGCCGUAGAGCCUCAGACCUGUCGGUACAAUAUGGAGUGACCACGAUCAGUGCCAGCGGUCCCAAUGUAGUGGGCGUUAAGAAAAUCAUACAGCACGCGGACUACAAUCCCUACAACAAUUAUGCCAACGAUAUUUCCCUGCUGAUGGUGGAGGAGCCCUUCGAGUUCGAUGGCGUUACUGUGGCCCCCGUUCAAUUGCCGGAUCUUGCCUAUGCCACACCUCAAACGGAUGCCGGUGGUGAGGGAGUGCUCGUCGGCUGGGGUCUUAAUGCGACUGGCGGUUAUAUACAGAACACCCUGCAGGAGGUGGGCCUGAAGAUCUACUCCGAUGAGGAGUGCACUGCUCGUCAUGAGGGCUCCACGGAUCCCAGAUACCACAUCUGUGGCGGCGUAGACGAGGGCGGCAAGGGUCAGUGCAGCGGGGAUUCCGGUGGUCCUCUGAUCUACAAUGGUCAGCAGGUGGGCAUCGUAUCCUGGAGCAUCAAGCCCUGCACCGUGGCUCCCUAUCCGGGUGUCUAUUGCAAGGUUAGCCAGUACGUCGACUGGAUCAGAAGCAGCCAAAUCAUAUUGGCAUAGUCAUUCCAUUAUCUUGUCAAUACUGAAAGGCUUAUGCCUGCCAUAAAUAAAACUGAUAUGACGAUUAAA